AUGGCUACGUUUGAUUUGGAAGCAUUUGUGGCUGAGCCAACGCACGUGGCGUUGGAGUUGUGUAGAAAAGUAGAUUUGCUGGAGAUAGCGCGACACUAUGCGAUCCCUGUGUCCCCUGCGUUACGCGUGGGUGAGUUGAGGGAGGCUAUACUGGCAGAGUUGGUGGCCAACGGGGUUGUGGUAUUGCCUGUGUCGAGUGAUCCAGUGGCAGGAGCGGCAGUGGGAGAUGCAGUGGUGUCCCCCGUGCGUCCUGGUGGAGAGCGCGUGGAGCAGCCGCAGCUGGGCUCUCCCGCGGCGCUGUUUGAGGAGGCUGAGGAGAAGUCUCCUGGUUUAGGGUCGCGCUCCCCUCGCGAUGUACGCGUGGAUGUGCGCAUUGCUCGUCUGGAGCGAGAGGCUGAGCGAGAGGCUGAGCGAGAGGCUGAGCGAGAGGCUGAGCGAGAGGCUGAGCGAGAGGCUGAGCGAGAGGCUGAGCAAGAGGCUGAGCAAGAGGCUGAGCAAGAGGCUGAGCAAGAGGCUGAGCGGAGGCUGAGCAAGAGGCUGAGCAAGAGGCUGAGCAAGAGGCUGAGCAAGAGGCUGAGCAAGAGGCUGAGCAAGAGGCUGAGCAAGAGGCUGAGCAAGAGGCUGAGCAAGAGGCUGAGCAAGAGGCUGAGCAAGAGGCUGAGCAAGAGGCUGAGCAAGAGGCUGAGCAAGAGGCUGAGCAAGAGGCUGAGCAAGAGGCUGAGCAAGAGGCUGAGCAAGAGGCUGAGCAAGAGGCUGAGCAAGAGGCUGAGCAAAGACUCAGCUGACAUUGUACCUGUGUUUGCGGCGGGAGUGAGCGUGGCGUGUGGCGUUCUGGGGGGGACUCAUAUCACAGGCACGGCCGUCAUCUGCGGCUCUGGCUCUGGACCCGGCGCUCGCAGUGGGGCGCUGGCAAAGGCAUGUCUUGGCGUAGACUGA